UUUUGUCAUCCGCCAUUUGUGAGAUUGGAAACGCUCGUCCACCAACGACCUCGCUUCUAGAAACUUUCUUCGAUUGAAAUUUCGUCUCGUCUCUACGUAUUCGUAGUAAAAAUUAUUCGUCGAAUGUGGUAAGGUUUUAGAAAUCCAGGAUUCUGGCUGUAAAAUGGCGGACGAAGCACAAAACACCCCUCAACAGGAUGUCAUCGCAGAAGAGUACAUGUCCUCCUUGGCUGAUUUGACGGUGAAUAGCAAGCCCCUCAUCAAUAUGUUGACCAUGCUGGCCGAGGAGAAUGUUGAGUCCGCCCCAACAAUCGUCAAAGUUAUUGAAAAACAUCUAUCACAGGUGAAGCCGGAGAUGAAGUUGCCUGUGCUCUACUUGGUGGAUUCUAUAGUGAAGAAUUAUGGCCGCGCUUACACACAGCUCUUCACGCAGAACAUCGUGUCUUCUUUUUGCAGUGUCUUUGAAAAGGUGGAAGAAUCUACGCGUGCAUCGAUGUUUAAACUGCGCCAGACGUGGUCGGACGUGUUCCCACCUAAAAAACUUUAUGCCUUGGACGUCCGAGUCAAAUCAAUAGAUCCUGCGUGGCCCGUCACUGCACCGCUGCCCACAAGUAUCCAUCUAAAUCCAGCGUUCUUACCGAAGGAGGAACGCGUGGGAUAUAAACCCAAUUCAACUAAAAAGUCCGGUUCAAGCAAUGUUUCAAAGCCCGCCAAGCCAGCGGCUAAGGUAGUACAACCAGUAGUCACACCACCUGUGCCUGCUAGUGACCUUUGCGAAACGGAAAUGCGCGAAAGUCUCCUCAAAAAACAAAAGGAACUGCUUGAACUCCAGCAAAAGAAACUAGAAAUUGAGUUGCUGCAAACGAAAGCUAGACUACAGCAACAACAGAUACAACUCAUUCAAACGGUUAACCAGACACCACCGGAUGUAGUUACAGGACUCCCCAUUCCAGAAGAGACUUCAGCAUUCUUUGCUCCGAGUCCGUUAGCUGAAACUAUCCUGCCGCUUGCGCCGUCAUCCGAAGUUUUCUCUGUCCCAGAACCGAUGGAAUUGGCCAUGACGCCUCCCGAUUUGAAUAUGGAAGAGCUAAUUAUUACUCAAAUCCCUCAACCCCCACCCAUCAGCCAUUCGAUGGGAUUGAACAAUCGUUCCAGCCGAUCCCCAGAAAAGAAAGCUGAGGCCAAAAAGGAGAAAAAGGACAGAGACAAGGAUCGAGAUAAGGAGCCUGGACGAAAAAAAUCCCGAAAAGAUUCCGGUCCGGACGAUGGUCGACCCAAAUCCAAGGAUUCAGUUCGCGCUCGUAAAGGCAAGGAACAACAACAUCCAGAGACUGUGGUCGUGUUAGAUGCAGAUCCUGUCAAGGGUACGUCUGGUGAAGACGAGGUGGUUGUGGUUGGCGGACGUGUUGCUCCGCAAUUAAGAAAUCAUCCCAGCUUAAGAGAUGCCGCCAAAGCCAUGCCUCGGAUCCCUAAAAUCAGCCAACGCCACCCGUCCUCGACAGGGACAGGCCCGUCAGCCCCACAAAGCCGCGACCCACGACUUAUGAUGCUCAAAGCGAGUCAGGGUGAGUCAGCCAAUCUCAGCUCUUUCUUUUUUCUCUCUCUCUGCUUUCCAGGUGCCGGAAACACACAUAUUCUAACUUCUAAGGAUGAGCACAAAGGUCUUGAAAGUGUUGGUGGUGGUAAAAUCGGUAAUGCACUUCCGUCUGAGGACGAUAUCCAACUCGUGGCUGCCUUCCGAAACGUUCGGAAUAACAUCGGCCGCCCACGCCACAGUCACAACAAACGCCCCCCUUCACCUGGAAUCCAAGCUGAAAGACGUAAGAUGGAUGUCAUGAAGAAGGAAAGUGUCGUCGAACCCAAAAAGAGAAGAACAAACCGUUUUGACGAUUUGUUUGGCAACGAAGACAUUGACCUGAGGAAAGUGCCUGCUGCUCCAGUUGUUCCUGCAGCUCCUGGUGUCGUCAUUCCACCUCCUUUAUCCAGCCGAGAAAGUCCACCUCGAGGAGCUUGGCCCAAGCGAGGCCUUGCUGUUCAACGUGGUCGAGCAGGAUGGUCUGGUCGAGGAGGACGUGGUGGACGUGCUGGUCCUCGAGAGGACGAAGAUAGGGAGCAAGAUGGCAGCGGGUCACCUCGCAACAUGGACUUCAUUUUGGAACAAGCCAAAGAGAAUCAUCGCAACGGUGUUAUCAACGAUGGUGAAUAUAGUACAAUUAUUCGCCAAGUGUUCCAAAUGUCGGAGACAAAGAUGAUUCGGGAAGUUCAGCGCCGUGAAUCGUUUCCUGGCCCUCCAGGCCCACCAGGUCCACCAGGUCCGCAUCCACACCCUAGCAUGGAACAUGACUUUCGUUUCCAGGGCAGAGACAUGCCACCAGGAGGUCCCGGUCCUUAUGGCCUUGAACCUUUUGGUCCUGAACAAGACAGAGGAUGGAACGAUCCGCGUCGUGCAGGUGGAUAUCCAUGCGGACCAUAUCCGCCAGGCCCACCUGGCCCAGGUCGUAUGCAACGUUUUGAUAUGAUCCAGCCACCUCGUGGAAACCUCGGCCCACCUGGUAUGGGCGGACCUCCAGUCAGCUCCGCUUUUGAGGUUCGACCAGACGAAGAUAUGAAAAACAUCCCAAUUGAUAAUGUUCCUCGAGAAAUUCGAUUUUAUGGGGACAAAGCUAUCAUUUUAAUGGCCUCUGAUGACCCACGUCUUCUGGGCUUCCAGACUUGUGUUCGACGCGUCGUAUUUGACAACAUAUUACCUGUGGAUUGUACGGUCGGCAAUGAUUACAUGGAUUUCCACUUUGAUGGACAGCUUCACAAGAUUAAAAUCGGAGCUCCUACCAGAGAGCUUUACAUUGAUGGAAAUUGGUACGAAUGCAUGUUCGGGGGUCCGCCAAUUACGGUUAACCUGAGCGGUAGACCCGUGCAAGCGAUGUUGGAAGGUCCACCGCCUACAGUAAAAAUCGGUACUGAACGUCGAUUGGACCUGUUGGCUGGGCGUGUGACGAUGAUAAUCGAUGCUCACAGUGUUAUCCCUGUUUACUUGGAUCUCAAAUCACAACACUUUGAAAUGGAUGCGAAACGUUUCACUUUGCAAUUCAAAGACGCACUGCGAACGGCCGUAAUUGACGGAAAUCCAUACAGUGUUGAUUUUGGUGGACUGCCAAUGGCUAUUCAUCUUGAUGGCCGGAAGCACUUUGUUCGUUUUUCGUCUCUACCACGAGGUGUCGAGCCCGGUCGUGUUUUACAGCCUUUGACACAAAGUGAAGAAAACCGCAGGGUUCUUGAAGAAGAAAAGAGUGCUAGUCAAACUCCUCCCCUCGGCACAGUCAAUAUUGGCGAACUCUUGUCCAAGUUGGUUGCCACCGGCUUAUUACCUGGAAGUGUUCCUGAAGCAGUCAAACCGGCCCCCAUCAAAGAAGAAAUCAAGAAGGAAGAGACUAUGCGAGUUGUUAAUUUGGGUGAUUCCGAGAGCAUGAAAGUUCGACCCAAUGUUGCUGUUUCGAUGCUGUAUAGUGGCAUGCAAUGCGGUAGCUGCGGAUUACGAUUUCCUGCUGAUCAGACAGUUCGCUACAGUACUCAUCUUGAUUGGCAUUUCCGACAAAAUAGACGCGAAAAGGGGGCCUCUAAACGACCACAAAGUCGCAAAUGGUAUUGCAGCGUUUCCGACUGGAUACAGUUUGAAGAAACAGAGGGAUCCGAAGAAAAGCGGCUAAAUUGGUUUGAAGCUCAAGCCAAAGAAAAGUCGGAGAAAGACGGGGAGCGUAAUGGCGAAGACUUGACUCCCAGGGAAGAGAGCACUUCGGUUGCGGUGGGCACUGCUCCCGAGGAGAACAAAUGUUUUGUAUGUCACGAGGAACUGGAUGAGUUUUUCCAUGAAGAAAGCGAAGAAUGGCAUUUGAAAGACGCAGUUCGUGUUGAAGGAAUAACCUUCCAUCGUUUAUGCUACCGCGACCAUCUUUCCAACGUGGAAACGGGUGCGUAUUCUCCCUCCGACGCGAUGGAUGAGUACAAAUCGGCUACCGAAGAAGAAAAAUCUGGUAACGAAGAAGACAAAUCUGCCUCGGAUAAUGACGACAAACAGAUUUCAUGCGAUGAAGAAGAAGCUAUCGCAGAAACAAGUGAUAUUAAAAAAGAAGAGAUUCAAAAUGAACUUGUGGAUAUGCAAGAAUCUGUUCCAUCGGAGAGCGUGAAAAUACCUUUAGUCAUCAAAACUGAAAAACUCGAAAUUGAACCAAUGGAAGAAUUGCUUGCACAAGACGAAUCUUUGUUGCCCGUUGUCAAAAGUGAACCUGUUGACACAGAGACAUUCGAAGAUGUUACUUGUGCGCCUGUCAUUCAAACUGAGCUUGCUGUUGAAACGAGUUUGCCGACAAGUGUUAAAAUGGAAUCGAUCGAAGUAGUAGAAAGUGAUUAUUUGCACGAUACAACCAUUCAGGAAGGUGGUCUAACGCCUUACCAGCACAGCGAGACAGACUUUACGAAUGUGUGUAAUGAAGAAAUCGACAAAACAGAGGAAGAAGUGCAGGACGCCGCAAUUCUACUCGAUAGUUUGGAUGUGAUGAACGACAACGCAAAUCUAAUUGUUGGCGUGGAAAAAGUAAAUGACGACAGUGACCAACUAGAAGGUCUGGACGAAGUUCUUUCGAGUGUUCAGGAAUCGAUAGAAACUACUGAACUCGCCGAAGCUUUGGAAGAAACAAAUUCUCCAGCUCCAGAUCUUGCUCCCCGAACUGACGAAGAAGUUGAAAGUCGCGACCAGCUUAUUAACGGGGAAACUGCUACGAUUCUCGAUCCUUUAAUUUCCAUUUCUCAGACUCCUACUGUGAAUUCUUCUCUUGAUGGCAAUGUCGAAAUGACCAACAAACAGCCUGCUCCUGCUCCUCAAGCUGGAAUCAAAAUCAAGAUUAAUCUUUUCAACAAGGCGUCGUCAACUAUUUCAUCCACUGCACAGCAGGUUACGCCCCAAAUAUCCUCACAGCCCGAUGCGGGCUUGACUUCUUGUCCUGCAAAUGUCCCAGAUAACAGUAGUAAACUGUUAAUUCCUACUUCUGACGAAAAUUCUUUGACUUACAAGCCGAGGUUGGCUGGCCGAAAAUUAACUGUUCUCCCUCUCAUGACUAAAGGUGUCGAAACCUCUGGACUUUGUUCCAUCAUGUAAAAAAAUUACAAAUCUUUCUUGCGGAAAUUGUUAACCUGAACGAUACGCUGUACAUAUGAAAGCAGGAUGAUUCGAAUAAACGUCUACUUUGUUUAUUUUUUUUAAA